AUGAAAACAGUGGACUUUUAAAAUUCUAUCGUAUAACAAAACAACAUACAUUCAAAUUAUGAGCUAUUGAAUUAAUUAGAGUCGAGGAAACUUAAGUAGAUAAUACCAUCAAAAAAGGAUUUUGAAUACAAUUUCUAAACUGAAGUUGUAAAAAAAUAAUAAGGCUAUGUCAUCAACGAUUUAAGGGCUCAAUUAGAUGCUAAAUUAGUUAAUAUUAUUCAUCUAUAACUAUGCACAUUUCAUUAUUUUGAAGUCCCAUUAGCUGGCCAUAAAAAACCUCUAAUCAUUAACUUUACUUUCACAAAUCAGGCUAAAAUGAAAUUUUACAUCUCGAGGCACACCUUGACACCAAAUAGAUUCAAUUUUGAAGAGGCAUUUCAGAGAAAAUAAGUUUUAAGAUAUACUGAGCCAGGAGAAGAUAAUAUUUUUACUACUCCAUUUUUGUACAUGGCUAUAUUUAGUUAAUAAUAAUCUAUAAUUCAUGCUAAGAUUUAAUAUGGGAUGAAAAUUCAGAAGCUAUAAAAGCAAGAUUAGGAGGAGAAAGAGAGACCAAUGACUGCAUUUAUGUCAGGUAGGAUAAGUAGUGCAUUAUCAAGGAGAUAAUCAAAAGAUUUAAUUCUGAUGAAUAUGAAUCUAAGACAAUACGAACCUGAAACUUAAAAAAAGCAGUUAUUGAUCAAAAGAGUUUAAUCAGCUAAACGAUUUUAAGAAACCUUAGUGAAUAAAUAGAUUAUUGAUUAAGAUAAACAAGAUCUAAUUAGAGAGCGAUAUGAGCAUUCUUAGAAAAAAAAGAUUAUUAAAGAUAUAUUGAAUGUUAGAGAUUAAAUAGAUUCAUAAUUAAAAGAACAAUAAAAAAUUUGGUUUACCAAUCUAUUUUCUAUUCUCAUCUGUAGACUCAUUAGAGUUAAAUACAUUGGAAUGGCAAAUCAUUUAAUGAAUGAAGCUACCAUAAUCAGAAAAAAACAUAGAACAAGACUAAAUUUGAAGUAAUACCUAACUAAACAUGGAGAAACUAUUUAAUUGAGGACUAAAUUUCAAACUUUAUAAAGUCUUUGUGUUUUUGCAUAAAUCUAAUAAAAAACAGUCAAAACUAGAGCUGAAUUUAUCUGUUUUUCAUUUAUGAAGAGCUACGGACAGAUUGGUGAAAUUAUCCAAAAAACUUAUAGAUUUAGAAGACUAAUAAGAACUGUAAUAGAUUCAUAUAGAAAUUACAAAAAAAAAGUGGGAGCAUAUGUUUAAAGGAUAAUUAUGUUAUGGAAUAAAUAUUGGGGUGUCAUGUACAAUCAGAUUUAAAAAGAAGAUAUUGAAAAGGUCAAGGAAAUUAAAAAGUAAAUGAAUAAGACAAUUAUUAACUUUUAAGUGGAUGAGGAAAUUAAGAAAUCACCAUAUUUAGAUGGAAAAAUUUAAUUAAUAAUAGUCUAAAAUUAUUACAAAUCAUUGAAAGCAGAAUUCAUUACAAAGUUUAGGUCUGUGUAUAAAAAAGGAAAGUCAGGAGCACGCGGAGCCUAUAUUGCUGCUUAAGGUUUUGAAGUGAAGGACUUAAAUUUAUUUAAAUGUGUUGACAAACCCAUUUUGAAAGAAUUAAUCUACAAAUAUAUGCUAGAAAAAAGAAUGAUACAAAGUGUUUUACUAAAAAAAUGA